CAGAGAAGCGUGAUUCAUCACUCCACAGAACACGUCUCCACUGCUCUAGAGUCCAGUUACAGUUUGCUUUACACCACUGCAUCCCACACUUUGCUUUGCACUUGGCGAUGUAAGCCUUGGAUGCAGCUGCUCAGCCAUGGAGGCCAUUCCAUGAAGCUCUCUAUGCACUGUUGUUGUGCUAAUCUGAAGGCCACACGUAGUUUGGAGUUCUUUAGCGAAUGACAGUUGGCAACUUCUGUGCACUGUAAGUGGCCUGCUACUUUGUGGCUGAGUUGCUGUUGUUCCCAGUUGCUUCCACUUUGUUAUAAUACCACUAACAGUUGACAGUGUAAUAUUUAGUAGCAAGGAAAUUUCACUCAUAGCCACAGCGACCCAUUCUUUCACAAAUGUUUGUAGAAGCAGUCUGCAU